AUGUGUGGCUACCUGCGCAACCCUAAAUUCCAGAAGUACACGAAGAAGACGGCGCAGAUGCGAAAGAAGAUGGGCAAGAAGUUCUACCGCAUCUACAUGCCCGACGAUGCCGUGAACAUGGCAACCCUCAACGGCGUACUGGAAGUACCGUUUUGUGCCGACCCUGGAAGUGAUGCGAACAUCAUUUCAGAAUAA